AUGCCUGUCGUCAAAGGAGGAGUAUGGACGAAUAUAGAAGAUGAGGUGCUCAAAGCUUCAGUCUCAAAAUAUGGAUUAAAUCAAUGGGCGCGAGUGUCCUCACUCCUCGCCCGUAAAACACCAAAGCAAUGCAAAGCGCGCUGGUCAGAAUGGCUCGACCCGGGUAUCAGGAAGAUCGAAUGGAGCAAGGAAGAGGACGAGAAACUACUCCAUCUUGCGAAGUUGAUGCCAACGCAAUGGAGGACGAUUGCGCCUAUGGUUGGAAGAACCGCUACCCAGUGUUUGGAAAGGUAUCAGAAGUUACUUGAUGAAGCCGAACAGAAGGAGGCUGGGAGCUUAGGACUGGGUGGGCCUGAUGGAGGAGAAACCAUGGCACCCAGUGCUGACGAUGUUCGAAGGCUACGACCCGGCGAGGUGGACCCAGAUCCGGAAUCGAAACCUGCGAGGCCUGAUACCAUCGAUCUCGACGAGGAUGAAAAGGAGAUGCUGAGUGAAGCGAGAGCCCGUCUGGCUAAUACGCAGGGAAAGAAAGCGAAGAGAAAGGCACGAGAGCGACAGUUGGAGGAAUCCAGACGGUUAGCGGUUCUUCAAAAAAGACGGGAGUUGAAGAAUGCCGGCAUUAACAUAAAGAUUGUCAACCGGAAGAAAGGUCAGAUGGAUUACAAUGCCGAUAUUCCUUUCGAAAAAAAGGCUGCACCUGGAUUUUUCGAUACGGAGGAGGAGGCGACCAUGAACGAGAAGGAGAGGGAGGCUUUUGAUCCUAGAAAACAGCAACUUGCGAAUAAAAGGAAGGGCGAUCAGGAUGAGGAUCCGGACAGAAAACGGAGAAAAGGAGAAAAGGAAGCGCCAUCUGCUUCAUAUCAGGCUGCGAUGAAGGCUGGACAGCAACAGAAAAUCCGAGAGGCAGAGCAGAGCAGCAAACGUAGAGCUUUGGUGCUUCCCUCGCCACAGGUUGGAGAAGGAGAACUGGAAGAAAUUGUCAAGAUGGGCAUGGUAGGCGAGAGGGCGAAUAUCAUGGCUCGAGCCAGCGAAAACGAUGCUACAAGAGGUUUAGUAAACACAUAUUCUACAGUCAAUAGCGGUGCGCCAAUCCGUACACCCAGAGCUCCUGCUCAGGAAGACCACAUCGCGAACGAAAUACGCAAUAUUCGUGCUUUAACCGAAACGCAGUCAUCUCUCUUAGGCGGAGAGAACACACCAUUACAUGAAGGAGCUGGCAGCACGGGAUUCGAUGGGAUUACACCACGGAGGCACCAAAUGGAGACGCCAAAUCCUAUGGCUACUCCAUUUCGACAAAAUGGAGUUGGACAAACACCAUUGCGGCCGCCUGGUCCUGGGCAGACUCCUAUGCGUACUCCCCGGGACAGCUUUGCGUUGAACGCGGAUGGAGAAAUGCAGCUCGUUGGACAAACACCUCGAGAUUUGAAGUUGGCCGAAAUUGCAGCCAAGAAUAAGCUGAAGAAAGGACUUUCUGCUUUGCCAAAACCAAAAGAUACAGACUGGGAAUUAGAAUUGCCGGAAGAGCAGCAGGAGUUGGCCGGGCUGGAAGAACUCUCAGAAGAAGACGCCGAGCUUCGCGAUCGUAGGAAUCAACAGAUUCGAGAAGCAGAAGAAAAACUUGAGUUUAAGAGACGGACCCAAGUCAUGCAAAAAGGCCUUCCCCGUGCCUCGAUUAUCGACAUUGACUCGAGUCUCAAGAAUGCAUCAUCGAUAUCAGAUCCAGUCCUGGCAGCAAUCGAACAGGAAGUUGCUUUACUGGUAGCUAACGAUGCUAUCAAAUACCCAAUACCUGGCAUCAAAGUCCGAGGAACAGCCAAACCUAUUGAACAUAUAGACGAUGACGCGCUUGCCCAGGCCCGUCUUCAGGUCCUGCUUGAAGUCCCUGAAGACAUCGCCGACCAGAGCCCUGAAAUCUUCAAAUCCGCAUGGGAAAAUGCCCAUACCUCCUCUCUCCUUCCCGGUCUCGCCGGCUACGACGACGACGAAACCUCCGAGCAAUCCCUCCUCAUCUCAGCCUUCGACAAAAUCCAACCCCAAAUCCUCACCAUCGCCCAAACCGGCAACAAAGCCGAAAAGAAACUCGCCCUCCACCUCGGCGGCUACCAAAACCGCUCCAAGACUCUCCGUGCGAAGAUCGGGGAGGCGGCCGAGGCGCUGGCCAAAGCGACGUAUAGUCUGGAUUCGUUCCGCACGCUGCAGAUUAGCGAGGAGGCGGCGGUGCAGAGACGACUGGAGGGACUUAGGGAGGAGGUGAGUUUUGUUAGUAGGAGGGAGAGGGAGGCGCAGGAGGUUUAUAGGGGGAGGAUUGAGGAGGUUAGGGGGUUGAGUGGGGGUGAGGGGAAAGGAGACAGGGAAGGUGGUUUGUAUAUGUAUGAUAUAGCGGAGUGA